CCCUCCCUUUCCGUCUCUGCUCGCCUCUCUCCUCUCUUCAGUCUUGCCUGCCUGUCAGAAAGGUGCUUUAGUAUUGGAGGCUAGGCUACCCUCCUCUCGGACCCCGUACGAGAGCCUGCCGCCGCAGCUGCCGCCGUCGUACCCUAAGGCUCGGGCUCCCCUCUCACGGCUCCAACCAUGGCAACCACCGCUACUUCCACCCGGUUUACUGACGAGUACCAGCUAUACGAGGAGCUCGGGAAGGGAGCUUUUUCAGUGGUGCGUAGGUGUGUAAAGAAGUCAUCAGGACAGGAAUAUGCUGCAAAAAUCAUCAACACUAAGAAGCUGUCUGCAAGAGAUCAUCAGAAGCUUGAGAGAGAGGCUCGUAUCUGCCGUCUCCUGAAACACCCCAACAUUGUGAGACUCCAUGACAGCAUUUCAGAGGAAGGCUUUCAUUACCUAGUCUUUGACCUGGUGACAGGAGGAGAGCUUUUUGAAGACAUUGUAGCCAGGGAGUACUACAGUGAGGCUGAUGCCAGUCACUGCAUUAGUCAGAUCUUGGAGAGUGUCAAUCAUAUCCACCAGCAUGAUAUUGUGCACAGAGACCUCAAGCCUGAGAACUUGUUGUUGGCCAGUAAGAUGAAGGGAGCCGCAGUGAAGCUGGCAGACUUUGGACUUGCUAUUGAAGUGCAGGGGGACCAGCAGGCUUGGUUUGGGUUUGCAGGCACUCCUGGCUAUCUCUCCCCUGAGGUCCUGCGGAAGGACCCUUACGGCAAGCCUGUGGACAUAUGGGCCUGUGGUGUUAUUCUCUAUAUCUUGUUAGUGGGAUAUCCACCAUUCUGGGAUGAAGAUCAACAUAAACUCUAUCAGCAGAUCAAAGCUGGGGCAUACGAUUUCCCGUCUCCAGAGUGGGACACGGUGACCCCAGAGGCAAAGAACCUGAUUAACCAGAUGUUGACAAUUAACCCAGCCAAAAGAAUCACUGCCGAACAGGCUCUCAAACACCCAUGGAUCUGC